AGGCGGAGUGACAGGAUGGCUGGACGGGCAGCACGCCUGAUGCUCCUGGCCGGGGCAGCGGCGCUCGUGAGCGGCUCCCAAGGCGACCGCGAACCGGUAUACCGCGACUGCGUGCUCAGAUGCGAGGAGCGGAACUGCUCAGGGGGAGCACUGAGCCACUUCCGUUCCCGACAGCCAAUCUACAUGAGCCUAGCAGGCUGGACUUGUCGGGACGACUGUAAGUAUGAGUGUAUGUGGGUCACCGUUGGCCUUUACCUCCAGGAAGGCUACAGAGUGCCUCAGUUCCAUGGCAAG